AUGGCGUCGACGCACCAUCAACGGGAUAGCCAGGUCAUGUUAUCCCUUUACUUAUACGAUCCUUCAAUCGCCGCUGCUUGUGUUUUCGUGGCUUUAUUUUCUUUCACUUUCGUUGCUCACGCAGUUUUGCUUUUCAGAAAGCGAACUCGUUAUUUCAUCCCAUUUCUGAUCGGUAUUGUCUGCGAGAUUCUUGGUUAUGUCGCUCGUGCCGUAUCGGCGGCGGAGACCCCAAACUGGCAUGUUGUGCCAUACGCGCUGCAGAGCCUGAUGCUGCUCAUAGCUCCUCCAGUCCGACCUGAGAUCCUGACCAAGGUCUUCAUCACCAGCGAUGUUCUGUCCUUUCUUGUUCAGAGUGGUGGAGGCGGCAUUCUCACCAAUGCAAAAACAUCGAGCAAUAUUCAGCUGGGCGAGAAUGUCAUCAUUGUCGGCCUUCUCAUCCAGCUGAUUGGUUUUGCCCUCUUCAUCUCCGUCACGGCAAUCUUUCACCGGCGUGUCGCCCAAGACACCAGAGGACGACGUCUCAGGCAUGCCGUCUCUUGGGCGAAGGUCCUCUGGAUUCUGUACGGUGUCAGCGUACUGAUUCUCAUCCGUUCCCUGUUUCGUGUUAUCGAGUACAUCCAAGGAUACGAUGGAUAUCUGCAAACAACUGAAGUAUUUCUUUACAUUUUCGAUGCUGCCCUCAUGUUUCUUGUCACAUUCAUUCUGGCUGCAUUCCAUCCCAGCGCAGUGAUGACUGUAGACGAAUAUGGCAAUAUCGUCUCUCCAGACGGGUCGCAGGAACUGGGAAGCUUUGUCUCUUUGGGAACCCACAGCGUUCAAAAAUUGAGAGUGGCUUCAUAUCCGAAAUAUGGAGCUGAAAGAGAGCUCACGAAUUGA